UCACCUUCCACUUCCUCACCCCGGGUUCUGCGAGGUGUGUGGCAAGCCUCGCAGAUUCAAGAAACCCAUCUCUUAAUUUCUUUAUUUCCUUUUCAAAUAUAUAGUACUACUACUCCUUUCAUUAUUUGCUAUAUUAGUAAUAUCUCUUUUCACAUACUUAUAUAACUAUAGUCAUAAUCAUUAUUAUUAUUAGUAUUUAGUUUGAGAAAUGGAGGUACAUUCUCCCGUUGUGGCCAAGAGAUUAUGGAAUGUGUUGAGGGUAACCUUCUUCAUGAUAAGGAAGGGUUUGAUCUCAAAGAGAAAGAUGAUCAUGGAUAUGAAUUUGAUGAUGAAGAAAGGGAAGGUGGUGAGAAAAUCUCUUAGCAAUCUCAUGUCUUCACAUCACCACCACCACAACCAUAAGAGCGUGACACAUGGCGGCGGCUUAGGGGUGCAUUAUGAAUUCUCAUGUAACAAUAGUCCAAAUCUAAAUUUUUUCAACAUGCCAAAGCGCAAGCACCAUUUCAACUUCCCCUGCAUCCAUGCCCCAGAGGUUCUAGAGGAGGAAUUAGAAGAACAUGAUUUUUCAUUCGAAGUUGAAAGUGAUGUUGUGCCUAAUAAGGCUGUGGUCACCGUGCCCAAGACCCCAGAAUACAUGUACAACUUUCUUGUUGAGAAAAAGAGUCCUCUUCUCUCACCAUUCUCUGUGAGGGUCUCCAAUUACUCUGCAUUGGAUGAAAAUGAAGACAUUGGAAAUGACCAUGUCGAUGAUCAGGCUGAGGAUUUCAUCAGAAGGUUCUAUGAACAGCUUAGGACGCAAAGCCCCGUGCAAUUCCUCCGUUACCAAGAGAUGUAAAUUAAGACGAAACAGAAGCAUGUAGUUAAUUAUGAUAAUAAUAAUGACCAUGCAGUUGUUGAUAAAUGCUCUACUAGUGCAGAAUGCGAUCAGUUACAUGUUGCAAUAUUGCAGAGCAUUUUUCUUAGAAUAUUGGUGUCUGAAAUUUUGGAUUUUGUUGUCCUUGUAAAUUGGUGUUGUGCUGUUUAUUAUCCAUAAUCGUUUUUGGUAAUUGAAUAUUUUUGUUUCA